UCAGUACGCGACGAAUUUUCUUAGCGAGAAGAGAAGGCGGAUUAGUUGUAUUGCUUUUGCGGCAUUCAUUAACUGGGAAUGGUACGAUGUUCAUUAAAAACUCCGAAACAAGCAGCCAAGACAUUUAUAAACAGACGGCCAAAGUUCAGGGAGCCACAUGGGAACUUUGUCACUGAGCGACUACGAGGAUGUGCGCAUCUGGGCUCCUUGGGGUCACAUUGCGGGUCGCUGGUAUGGCAAUCGAUCGGAGCGUCCCAUUCUGGCCAUCCACGGCUGGCUGGACAACCUGGGCACCUUUGACAGACUGAUACCCUUGCUGCCGGACUACCUGGGCGUGCUCUGCAUCGAUCUGCCCGGACAUGGACGCUCCUCACGGCUGCCGCCGGGCAUGCACUACAGCACAAUGGAGUAUGUCCUUGUCAUAGCUCGCGUCAUGAAGGAGUACAAGUGGCAGAGGGUUUCGCUGAUGGGCCACUCCCUUGGCGGCGUCUUGAGCUACAUUUACACCGCACUCGCGCCACACACAGUGGAUCUGGUUAUCGCAUUGGACAUUCUCUUGCCGCCAUUCGAGUCGCCUAUGGCUCUCAAGUAUUUCGGUUAUGCUUUGGACAAGCAUCUGGUGGAGGAUGAGCGUGCGGAGGAGGAUUCGCUGCAUGAGCCACCGUCCUAUACACUGGCACAGCUCCGCACUGUCCUCAGCAAGGGCAGCAACCAUUCGGUUGCUCCAGAGUUCGCUCAGCAUUUGUUGCAUCGCAGCGUGGCCAAGUCGCAGCUGUAUCCAGAGAGAUUCUACUUUUCAAGAGAUGGCCGCACCAAAUACUAUAAUAUUCUACCGGUCAACGGCCCCUUGGCCGCUGAAUUGGCUAAGCGCAUCAAAAAUAAACCCUACCUGGUCAUCAAGGCAUCCAAAUCCCAUCACAUCAACUCAAAGGCAAACGAGGCCAUCUCCAUCCUAAGCAAGCAGAACCCGCACUUCGAGUACUACGAGGUGCCAGGCACCCAUCAUGUGCAUCUGAUCAGCCCCGAGCUGUGCGCCCAGUACAUAGUUCCCUUCCUGAGACACCAUCGGCCGCCCCCGGUUUCCUGCUGGUCGGUGGAUGGCGAGAAGAAGCUGAGCACAACGGAGCAUCGCAGGCAGCAGGAGAACUUCUUCACGCGACACCUGAGGCGUCUCAGCAAGCUUUAAGUAUUGUAAUUGUAAUUGACAAGAAACCUGUACAGUAUAUACUGAAUCGAUAAAUACUCUGUGAAAUUCA